CUUGUAGUAGCAGAGCAGCGCACGGCAGGUAGGAAGACAGAAGUUCAGCAUACCUGAGAGCUGUGAUGGGAGAGCCCCUGGGACCAAAGGACCAUGGAAUUCUGGCAGGAACAGGUCAAAAUGACAAGCCUUGUGAAUCCUUUAGAUUGAGGAUCUAUGAAAAGGAAGAAUUUAGGGGCCAGAUGAUGGAGUUCACUAAAGACUGCCCUCAAGUCAAUGAAAAAUUCGCCCAUCAUGAAAUUCCCUCCUGCAAUGUUCUUGAAGGGCACUGGAUCUUCUAUGAGCAACCAAACUACAGAGGACGUCAGUAUUACCUGAGACCAGGAGAGUACAGGAGAUGCACUGAAUGGAAAGCUGAAACCCCAAGAGUUGAUUCUUUCAAGAGACUUCACGAAUAAUUUUAAACAUAUUUAAUGUAAUAUGUUAGAAAACACCAGUAAAGUGUAAAACAAUUACAAAAUAUACUGUGAUAUUACAUUAUGUUAAUUAUAUUGUAUAUGUAAAAUGUGCAAGUUAUAAA